GUUACCCGGAUGUUGCUCCUGCUCUAGCGGCAGCGGCCGCCUCCCUCGGACGGGGAGAGAAGCUGACGGAUCCAAUAUGGCCGCCCUGAUCCUGAGGAGAGAGUGAGAGGCCUAGGGAGCCCGGGGCAGCCCCCCAGUCCGACAGCAGCAGCCCCUGGGGGUGGGGAAAGGAGGAGCGGGGGGAACCAGCCCCUGCAAAGGUCCAAGCUCCCCCCAGCUCCUGCCACCCCCCCCGGGCCCUGGGUGUCCUGUUCUCUGGGGGGAGGGGCAGCCUCUAGCUGAUCCUGGGGGGAGGGGAGCACUUGCCAUAGCCCCCCUGUGCCAGCUCCCACUGAGCCCCACCUCCUGGGGUACGGGGGGGAUGGGGAAGAGAGGGUAGAGAGCAGGCAGCUAGGAGGGUCCCUGGGUUGAUCGUUGCUGGGGAGGAGCGAGCCAUUCAUUUCUAGCUUCCCAUCAGCCCUCUUUCCCUGGGAUCUUUAUUUUUGUUGGGGGGAGGGAAAGGGGCAAUAGAGCUGGAGAGAGACGCAUGACAGGCAGGUGGAGAGUCUCAGGGUGGCUUUUUCGGGGGGAGGGGGAGAAAUAAGCCAGUUAAAAACAUCCACAUUUUCCAGCUUCUCAUAAACCCAGUUUUCCUGAUUUAUUUUUUAUCUGAGGAGGCAGGAUUAAAUGUGUAUAUUGACGUGUGGGAGAGGAGGGGAUCAUCUCUGGGGGGGAGAGUUGCAGAAAUUAAAACAAGACACUUUAAAAACCUUUUCUCAGCUUCACAUUAAACCAAAUUUCCCUGGCCUAGGAAGGGAGAGAAAAGGGGGUCAGGGACAGGAAAGUAGGACUAGAACUGCAUAUUGAAAUGUGGGAACUGCUAGGUAGUUAUAGCAAAUAUUAGUUAAUAAAAAGGGAGGAAAGAAGCAAUCACAGGUAAAAAGCAAGCUGUGUGAUGACAUUAAGCAUCUUCAGAUAACCCUAUUUUGGUGGGUUAGUUAUAUUUUGGGAGCUUAUUUUUAAUUUCUGGGGGAGUCAGAGUUUUAAUUUUUUUUAAUAUUUAAAAAGAAUGUAGGAAGAUACAGCUGUAAAAAGUGGGGAAGAGCCUUAAAGUGGAACAGCUGCGUGGCAAGCCAGUUUUCUGAAAAUUUAACCCCCAAUUUCUAAAUCUCCUGCUUUUGGAGAGGGGUCUGUUCUUUGGGGUAAAGUAGUAUUAUGGGAAGAGUGUGUGUGGGGGAAGACAAGCACUAAAAGUAAAAUCACAAUUAAAAAUAAAAAGGAAAGUACAGGUUGAAUUUUCAAGUAUUUCGGAGAUUCUAAUGACUUUUUCUUGGUUAUUGUGGUAGAGUCUCUACUUAAAUUUCCCAGAAAUUCAGUUAGUUCUAAUAAAACUAGAACAAAAUAACUUGGGAGCAGAGGAAAGUAGACAAACCCUCCUUUUAAAAAAGAGAUCAUCUCUGUUUUUGCAAGAGUGGCAAAGGAACUGCUAGUAAUAAGGAAACAGAGACGCGUCAAAGCUUUAGAAAAAUGUUUUUAAAAGAAAUGACCUAGAGGGUGCAGGAUAGAUUUUGGAUCUUCCCCUCCUCCCCUUCCUUUUCUCAGUGGGGUGAGAUAGAUGGGGAGAUUUUGGCAUCAGAGUUAUUAGGAAAAUUCUUUAGGCAAGUGUACCUGUUUUAAUACCACACUCUGAUGCUCUAACUGUAGAAGUUAGGCUUCCCUGACACGAGAGCCAUACUGUAAAAUCAUUCACAAAGAGCUUAAGCUGUUCUGCUGGGUUUUUUGUUUAUUUAAAAAGUAAAGUAAAAGGGAGGAAUAGAAGACUCUUUAAAAAUUCUUGUUCAGCCCCAUGUUCGAAUCAGUGCAGUAGAGCGGAUAUAAACAAGACAAGAAGAGCUUCAAAUUAAGGGUUGUCUGAAGCUGUGUGCACAUAUGUGUGAAGAAGACAUAUACCUUAAGGGUUGCAGUGCUGCAAACAGCCCCCCAAUCCUUUGGAAUUGGGUGGCACGUGGCAGGAUCAGCCGUCGUGCAGGAUGGACACCUUGAAACGGAGUCGAGCACAAGCCUGGCCAGAGGAGACUGGGGACAGGGAGCAUGGACUCUAUAGUUUGCACCGCAUGUUUGACAUUGUGGGCACUCACCUGACCCACCGGGACGUACGUGUGUUGUCCUUUCUUUUUGUGGAUGUGAUUGAUGACUACGAGAGGGGGAUGAUCCGCAGCGGCCGGGACUUCCUGCUGGCACUAGAAAGGCAGGGCCGCUGUGAUGAGACCAACUUCCGCCAGGUGCUGCAGCUGCUGAGGAUUAUCACGCGCCAUGACCUAUUGCCCUAUGUCACGCUGAAGAGGAGAAGGGCCGUGUGCCCAGACCUUGUGGACAAGUACCUAGAAGAGACGUCCAUUCGUUACGUGAUGCCCCGAGCUCACAGCGACGCAGAGCAUGGUCUCGCCCCCCCCCACAAAUCAGUGCCUCCCCAUCACCCUGUGGUCUGCCGCUCCUCCACUGGACCUCCAAUCUGUACCAAGAGGCCUGGCCGUGGGAGAGCCCUCCUCAGUAGCCAGCAUAAGAGGAGGAAGUCAAUGACACCGGAUCCUAAAGAGAAACAGACUUGUGACAUCCGCCUGCGAGUGCGAGCCGAGUACUGCCAGCACGAGACGGCGCUCCAGGGCAACGUCUUCUCCAACAAGCAGGAUCCCCUGGAGCGGCAAUUCGAGCGCUUCAACCAGGCCAACACCAUCUUAAAAUCCCGGGACCUGGGUUCGAUCAUCUGUGACAUAAAAUUCUCAGAGCUCACCUACCUCGACGCCUUCUGGCGCGACUACAUAAACGGCUCUUUGCUGGAGGCCCUCAAGGGCGUCUUCAUCACGGACUCGCUCAAGCAAGCCGUGGGCCACGAGGCCAUCAAGCUGCUGGUCAACGUGGACGAGGAGGAUUACGAGGUUGGGCGCCAGAAACUCCUGCGGAACUUGAUGCUGCACACGGCCCCUUGACCCUCCCCCAGGCUUGGCCUUGGCGGCUCUUUGGGAGCCAAUCGUUUCAUUUUUUUUUAAAAGGAAAAAUCAUUUAAAUACCCACCGCCCCCCUGGUCCCCACCCAGCACCACCGCCCCCCAGCAAACUCCUGCCAAGUGCUGUGUAACUGUAGGACCCGCCUGAGCGGGAGGAGGGCUAUGCUGCCACUUAGCCAGCUCUCUGGUGGCCCCAGCCCAGCCGAGAGUCCAUGAUACCUGGGGCAACCCAGAGAGCAACUCCCCGCUCUGCUCCAGGAGCCUGGCUGGAGGACGCCGAACCGCCCAGCGGUAGGAGGAAGGGAGAGCUGCCGGCAGGAGCGCUGGGUGCUCACGUGUCCUCCCCCCCCCCCCGGUUCUCUUGUGCUGGUUUUUCUUUUAUACGGUCUUCUUUUUAAAAAAGGCAGAACUGUCAUGUGGCACCGGGGCCCUGUGCGUGUGGGGGAUGCGGGGCAGAGAUGGGCUGGGGAGGUGGGACUCUUGAUUAUUCACUUUAAUAAAAAUGAACGAGUGCAGCGGGAGCUGUGUGCGUGUGGAAUGAACAGCGUGCGGGGGGGCCUGGGCCAUUGGCCUUCCAUUGCUGGGAGCCCGUUUCCACCAGUCCACUUCGCACUCAGCUGGCGAUCCAGCAGGGGUGCCCUUUAGCCAGUUUGGGUAUCUUUCCAGGGUGGGAUGGUGGGGAGGGAGGCUGAGCUAAGGCGAUUGCUGUCCCAACCCCUGGCGGGGUCCUGUGGCAUCAUCUGCUCGAGGCUGGGCAGGCUUGUUUCAGGAGUAACAUCUGCACGAAUGGAGCCCAUGCUGUUAAUCUGCCUCCAGAGGCAAGAGCUAAUUGUUGAGUCAGUGUUCCCUUCUCCCAGCCUGUGCCUUUGUUACCCCCUUCCCUGCAAUCCUCCCCCCAUCCCUGCCAGGCCAGCAUCUGCCUCUGACCCCAGAGAGGAAACCUGAGCAAGGGCCUCCCUGCCCUGCCCAUCUGAUGCAUAGAGCUGGUCGGACCCAGCCACAGCUGCUCCCCCCAGAGCUGAGAGAUGCUUGCAGGCCCAGCAGGAGAGUUCUGCGCAUGGAGAUGUGCACCCUCGCUCCCUUGGCCUGCAGGGCGGGAACGCAUGGGGGCAAGGCCAGGCUUUUGGGAUGUUCAGGGACGGUGUCACAGCAGCAGGGCCUGGGGGUGGUGAGCGACCAACCCUGGCCUAUGUCACAGAUGAUGCCCCAAUGUCUCCCUCUUGCUGCUACAAGGCUGGGCCCAGCAGCGGUGCAGAUUCCUCUGGUGGUGGGGUUGGCUGUGUCUCGUGGGCUGUGCAGCAGGGAGGGAUGCAGUGGGGCAGAUGGUAGAGUAAGACUUUGGCACAGGGCCCAUUCCCAACUGGGAAGAAGAUGGCUCCUGUUUGAUCCUACCCCAUAACGGAAGGUUUGAGAGUUAAAUUUGUUCCCCCUGCCCAGAUGUACAGACUCCAGCUGGGAACCUAGAGGUGGGGAAAAAUCCGAGGAGGGGCCAAUCAGGGUGGUGCUGCCUGGUUUGCUCCCGGUCAGCUCCUUGGCGCUGGGUCUUGUCUGUCUGUUGCUGGCACUGGACGUCCAUCCCAGGAGGAAGGAGCUGCUCCCAACAGGCAGGACUAGGAGGUGCUGUCCUGCAUUAGGCCCUGUCUAAUUACAGCGAUGGCUCUGGGGCCAGCAAGCUGGCUGUUUGCAAAGCACCUGUCACCUCGGGGCUGGCCCUCUGCCUGCCCCUCCCUUACAAUCCCCAUGGCUGAGAGAGAGCCCUCGCCCAGCAUGGGGAGUGGGGCUGGCUAAAGCAGUAACACGCUAGAGGCUGCGGUCUGAGCACCUCCUGCCACUGCACGCAAGAUGCCACAGGUGGCCUGGGCCAGUGGCUGGCUUAGCUGCAUAUUUUUAAUUUUGGGCUGACUUUUGUUACUUUUUGGUAACAGGCCUCUGGGCUUGUUCCCUCCUCUCUCCCCUCCUGCUGACCCCAGAACUUGGUGCGAGGGCAGACCUAGCCAGUUACGUGCCCACUUGGUAACAUCAUGUCAGGGAUACAGUAGGCCUGGGGCUGAGUGGGCUUGUCAGUGAAAUGGUCAUUCUCAGUACCAAUCUUCCAGGAGCCACGAGUGCAUUUUAAUUGGAAAAUUCUCUUCCUCCCCAGUUCUUUUCCUGGUAACUCAAGUAAACACCCCAGGAUUUAGGAGCUGCAAAUCUAAAGCAGCUCCACAGAACUCCACACUGAGUUGAGGGAGAACAAAUGGGUCUGAGGGUUAUUUUUGCUGCAUUUGAUUUUCUUCUUCCCAUCCUCCCAAAUCUCUGCUGAGCUGUAGGACGUUUUCCCUAUCGGUUCAGAUGCUCAAAGGUAUGCAGGUGCCCAACUCCCAUGAGGAGAUACGCACCUCCGUACUUCUGAGGAGCUGUGCCUUGAAAGACUGUUGAAAGCCAGAUCAGUGCACGUGGGGUGGAGGAAUGUUUGUUACAGAUUGUUGCCUCCCUACCCGGGCAUGGGCAGAGGGAUAAGAAAGAGGGUGUUGUGCUUACCGAGUCCCCAUCCAACGAAGCUGGCAUGUGAUAGCCCUGCAGGCUGCAACCCUCAUGCCUUGAUGGGGUUGUUUGGUGUGUGUGUGUGUGUGUGUGUGUUGAUGCAUUUUCUAUCCACAGGCUGUCUCAGUUGAGAGCGUGUAGACCCCUCCCUCCCCGCACACACCUCCCUGUUUAAGGACAAUUCUGGCACAAACUGUGUAAUUUCUGUGACUCUUCUGUAUUUUUUAAACUUCCAAUAUAACAGUCAUAAUCCCCAUGUAGCUUUCAGUUUUCUUGAAAUAAACAUCUACUGCA